AGCAUAAGUACUGGAUAAUUAUUUGCUAACGAUAUUUCUCAUGAAUGCCUAUAUUUCUUAAUAGGUUGAAAUAUGCGGUACAUUCAUGAAAAGUUGGUGAUAACGAAAUUAAUGAUACGAAGCUUAUCACCAGACUCGUUGCGUGCAUGUGAGCCAGCUUCAACUAUAUACUUCUCGAAAAAAACACUGGUUUAAAUAAAUAUGAACCAGGUGUAUAAGCAUAGAAUUCUUGAAACGAUAUUAUAAAAGUAAAUUUUCUUAUAUUUAUAAUUAAUCAAAAUUCUGUCUGAUGAACGACUUGCAUGUCUACACGCGGCGGCCCUGCUUAUCGCCAAAAAGAAGAAUGCAUGCUACUUAUUUUUAUGUCCUGCUAACAAGAUGGUAUAAAUAAUGUGUAUCGUCAAAAGUCAAUUAAUAAUCAUUUAUUUUUCAUUUAAAUGUAAGAAACUUAUAAGAUUAAAUACUUAAAAAUAUAUAAAACAUAAGAAAUAUUUGUUCUAACGUGAAGGAACGGUGGAAUUGUGAAACAAAAAUCUAGGAACACGGAACAGGUGCAGGAACAUGUAUCCGGUCCGUGUGAUUUUCCCCGUGCCCUCUCACCUUAAUCUCACGUCUGUCAAACGAUCGUGAAUUUUCGGAAGAUGUGAGGCUUCGGAAAGUGGGCACGCCAAGAAAAUCGCGUCACGACAUUCGCAUGAUGCCCUCACGUUCGAAAUACAUUACGGCCGCCGAUGCUUCGAUUUAUUUGCGGUAACAACGAGGAAGCAUUUGACGAAAAAGGGAGCGAAGUGAUCUUGGACGGUGCGCACAGCAAUGGCCACGACAGAAGGAGUCACGAUAGAGGAGCUCAGGGCCGAGAUCGAGAGGCUAUCUCGAGAAUUAGAUUUAGCUUCCACAGAAAAAAUACAAUCUGCUCAAUACGGUCUCGCUUUACUCGAAGAGAAGUCCACCUUGCAACAAAGAUGCAACGAUCUCGAGGCCCUCUACGAAAACACAAAACACGAGCUGGAAAUCACCCAAGAGGCUUUAGCAAAGUUCCAAACGACCACAAAAUUGACUACAAAAAGUGGCAUAGAACAAGAAGAGAGUCUCCUUAACGAAAGUGCUGCAAGAGAAACAUCUCUUCAGACACAAAUCAUUGAAUUGGAAAAUGAAACCAAGCAAUUGCGCCAUGAGCUGGAACGUGUACAAGCAGAACGUGAUCAUGCGUUGCAAGAAAGAGAGGAAGUUGGGAAAGAUCACCAACAAGCGGAAACAGAAAGGAAAUCUUUACGUACUAUGUUACGUGAAUGCAGAUUUCGAGAAGCUAGGCUUCUCCAGGACUAUUCGGAAUUGGAAGAUGAGAAUAUUUCAUUACAGAAACAGGUAUCUGGUUUGAGGUCCAGCCAAGUAGAAUUUGAAGGUGCCAAACACGAAAUAAGGAGAUUAACGGAGGAAGUAGAACUUUUAAAUAGUCAAGUUGAAGAGUUAACAAAUUUAAAAAAAAUUGCUGAGAAGCAAAUGGAAGAAGCACUUGAAUCUUUGCAAGCUGAACGUGAAGCGAAAUACGCAUUGAAAAAGGAGCUGGAUCAAAGAAUUAAUAGUGAAUCAAUUUAUAAUCUUAGUAACCUUGCUCUUUCUAUUAGAGGAAUUACAGAAGAUCAAACAAUAUGUAGUGAUGGAGAAGAUGAUUCUCCUGCAUUACGUAGAAUUGAAGCAGAUCUGAAGACUCAAGAACCAGGUACCUCUGCCACUGACAAACAAGUGGAUUUGUUCUCUGAGAUUCAUUUGAAUGAAUUGAAGAAAUUAGAAAAACAGUUAGAACUAGCAGAAUCUGAGAAGGCUCAUCUUACACAAAAUUUGAGGGAAUCACAGUAUGCAGUUGAAAAAAGUCAGAAUGAAGUACAAUCGUUUGUUGCGCGUAUAGUGCAACUGGCAGCUCAUGUACAAUCGUUACAUCAUCUUCAUUCUAAAUUGCCCGAAAAGCAAACCGAAGAAACGACGUUAGAUAAGUUGAAUCAGGCAAUUAUGCAAUACCACCAAUGGAGUACUAUGUCCGCGAGGGAAGUUAAUCAACUUCAAAAGGAUUUAGCUGAAUUAGAGAAUGGUUUAACUAUAUCUGACUCGACCCAACAAUUACGAACAGAAUUAACAAAUCUUAGAAACAAGCUUUUAGAUACAGAACAAAGAAGCAUGCAACUUGAAUCUGAUAUUGCUACCCUUUCGAAACUCGCAGUAGAAGCCGGUGGUUUCCUUGAUUCUGCACAAAAUGACUUGCAAAAUCUUUCUGACGAGCUUGCACAACUUUACCACCACGUGUGUACGGUUAAUGGACAAAUUCCAUCACGAGUGGUCCUGGAUCACGAAAAGAUUCCCGAAAAGGAAGAAGAAAAUGGAAAGAUCGAGUGGUGUAGGACAUUGUUCAAGACCGACAUUCAGAUAAAAGAUUUGGAGAGCCUUAGCAAAUCGAAAGAAGUUGCGAAACACAUAGAAACCGCAAUGGAUCAAAUAAAGCAUCUUAGAAGUGCUGUAGAACACACGAUCGAACUUUCAAAGGGUUCAGGAAUGCAAUCGAACGUAUGCAACGUUUGCGAAGGAUCAGUCAAUGAGAAUAAGGCAGAGGUAGCUGAUUUACAAGAACAAGUAAUUAGAUUGAAAGCUUUGUUAUCAGCUAAACGCGAACAAAUAGCAACGUUGAGAACAGUAUUGAAGUCAAAUAAGAACACAGCUGAAGUAGCGCUUACAAAUCUAAAGAGCAAGUAUGAAAACGAAAAGAGUAUCGUUAACGAGACCAUGUUGAAAUUGAGAAAUGAGCUUAGAAUGUUGAAAGAGAACGCUGCAACAUUUUCAAGUUUACGUGCGAUGUUUGCCGCACGUUGCGAGGAAUAUGUAACGCAGGUCGACGAGUUACAACGCCAGCUAGCCGCGGCUGAAGACGAUAGGAAAACUCUGAACCAACUUCUUCGACUCGCUGUGCAACAGAAGCUUGGUUUGACCAUGAAGUUGGAGGAAUUAGAGGUCGAUCGGGAGUUACGGAAUACUCGAAGACACGCAGCUAGUGCAAACGGACGAGGUAGAAUGCGAUUGUCGCAACAGACGAACCGUCCUCACUUAGGCAGAGAUUUCUUCUAGAAAAUGGUGAAGAUGUGGAGCAAGUUAUUCUGAGACAAACGAGGAUCUUGAACUUUUCAAUUUUUUACUGCUCAUCGUCGAAUCAUGUGGACACAGAAAACGCUUUCUUUAAGAUUACUUUUAACUACAUGAAAUCAUUUAGCGUUACACGUUUCUUUAUCUGAUCAUUCAUAAACGUAGAGUAGAAACUGUACAGAAACACGUUCUUGUAAUACGUAGCGAAAAUAUUUUUACAAAAAUUCGUACAGACGUAGAUCGUUUGCUAGGAAACAUUUUUCAUGCUGUGAAGGGCACCGAUUUUUUUAAAAGACGUGGAGCAGGUCGUUUGGAAAGCUUUGAAAUGUUCAUAUUUUCUUGUAUUCGUAUUGCUCCAUAUCGUAGAGUUUUUAGAAAGCUCUGCCUUCUGUUACCAAUAUUGUUAGUAGAGAUGUUUGACGAGCACAGAAUGCAUUUCUGUUGCAAGAUUUUUUUGGUGAAACAUUCUGUGCUUGGAAAUUCAUUCGCAGAGAAUUACCGUGGUAGUUCCUGCGAAUGGGACGCUUAUCAAUGUUUAAUGAAUUGAUUUUUAACCAAUUACCCUUUCUUUUUUAAGAAAGAUAUGUUAAUUGUAUAUGUGUUUCUACGUUUUAGAAAUUUUUAUUCUUUCGUAGUUAGGUUUUACAUAUUUGAGUAUGAUAUUGUGUAUCAUCGUAACCACGCAGUAACUAAAUCCGUACGGAUGGUUCAUAUGGUUGUAGUAACUAUGAAGCAGAUACAAAUUUUUUGUAUUAACGGGGAUGCAUGAUAAAAUGAACGUACAUUGUUUUUAGGUAGACAAACGAAAGGAAAAAAUGACGAGUUUGCAUUGCAUACCAUAGAGACAAUAUUAAUUGUGCGCGACUGUAGCGUUUAUAAUCAAAGUAGAACGAGUAGACGUAUAGCGUUGAAAGAUACAGAAUAGCAGAAUAACAGAAUUAGGGACCCAUCUCUAAGUAGCUCCUCUAACGGAUUGUUUUUUAACCAAGAAACCAUCUACACGUAUUCCAUUUUUAAAGUUAUUUUUAAAGUAUUUAACGAAUGGCAUUUUAACUUGUUUUGGUAGUAGGUUGUAACAGUACUAUACGAAUUAAUUAUUCCUGAACUGGAGAGAAUCUUUUAUAGUGUUCAAUCAUGAAACUUGGCCUAAAUAGGCUUUAAUUCAAUUCUAUUGAAUUUGGCAGCUUUUAUUAUUGUUUAUAACUAUUAGCAGUAUAUAAUUGAUUUAUUUAGUAUUUUUUAAUCGUUGUUAAUUUAUAUCUAAUUUAUGACAGUUUUUCAGUCCAGCAGCUAUUGAUAUUGAUUUUGAUGCAUAAUAUUCAUAGAUCUCUUUUUCGAUGCAACCAAUGAAAAAAGCAGACGCAUCAACAAAUAUAAUCGGAGAUAGCUGUAUAAUGUCCAUUAAUAUACAUGCUCCUUUCUCUGUUACAUUUAAUACUCCUGCUGAUUUUGUAUAUUUGUUAACACGAAACUGCGCCGUAGCUUUCAGUAUAUCUAUUUCUUCAUUUCAUUCUGCGCAAGGCAGAAUGCGUUACGAAUGCAAGUAAAAAAACUACGAGAGCAAAGUGGUAAAAUAUUGUUUAUUUAUCAUGUUUCUGUUUGCAUUUACGAACAGUCUUAGGUGUAUCUGAUAUCUCUGCGAUUGAUCAAUAUGUAAUUUGAUUAACGUGAUUUCUGAUCAAUCGUUUGCGCAAGAGAGCGUGGUUGUGUGUGCAUUUUAGUGGAGUUUCUAGCAUAAUGUGCAUGGUACGUUGUGCAGGAUACUUGAGCGCAAUAUUGAUGCAAUUUUACACGUGUCACAGUUUUCUAUAAUCAAGAUAAUUUAUAAUUUUUGAGACUUAUUAUUAUACAACGUUUAUUGGAACACGUAAUAUUUAUUGCAAUAUAAUUCACGUUGAAACGAAUUUACGCUUUUAUUAUAAUAAUAUUUAUUUGAAUGUCGUGAAAUUUUUAUACUGUGCUAUCCUGCACGUGUGCGUAACACGUACGUUUAUCGUGAACCAUCUUUAAUCAAAUUUGUUAUUAGCUAUUAGUAUUAUUAACUUGAUUACUUUUAUUAUCAUUAUUAUUAUUAUUAACAAUAUUACAAUUAUAUAUAUAUAUAUAUAGAUAUGAAUUAUUGCGAUAUUGCUGUCAGCUUCGUCGCGGAAUCCAGAUGAGUACCUAAAGAGAAUUUAUCGAUCGUUCAUUGACUAUCAAUCGAUUGAUUAGUUGUCACUAUAAUUAUAUUUAUACCGUAUAGUUAUUGUAUUGCCUGUGUCUAUGAUUUUCAUCAGGAACGGAAAUUCUUAUUUAUGUUGUCUCAAUUAACAGUAUCUAACAAUCAACGGAAUAAAAUUUCAAUCUUA